AUGUGUUCAAUAGAUGGUUUUCUUGAUAUGGAAGCUAAAGACAUGCAAAAAGGAAAACGCAAAAGAAAUAUUGUUUCUUGCCGUGAGUAUUAUUGUUACAAACUGCAAAUAAGAGAUGAUGAAAAUAUAAUUUUGCAUUCUGGAAGAUCAUUUCAACAAUACACAGUGGAUGAAUGGAUUAAAAUUGAAAGCCAACGAUUAGAUUUUGCUUCGUUUAAUCGAGAUUUAUUUAGAAUAGAUAUGUUAGGAGGACUCUUAGAUAUGUUACAUCAUGAAGAAAGAGAAGCUUCACAAAUAGGUAGAAAUAGAUAUCUUCCUCAUAGCUUUAUGGGAGGUCCAAGAGACAUGCGCCGCCGAUAUAUGGAUGCUAUUGCAUUGGUGCAAUGUUUUGGAAAACCUGAUAUAUUUUUGACUAUGACAUGUAAUCCUACAUGGCCUGAAAUAAAAGUUAAUAUCCUACGAACAGAUGAAGUACAUAAUAGACCGGAUCUAGUUAGCCAAAUAUUUCAUGCAAAAUUAGAAGAGUUAAAAAAAGACAUCUUAAGGAGAAAUAUAUUUGGUAAAGCUGCGUCAUUUAUGUAUACUGUAGAAUUCCAAAAAAGGGGACUUCCGUGUGCUCAUUUUCUCAUUAUAUUAGAGGAGAAAUACAAGUUAUUGACUCCUGAAGAAUAUGAAAAAUAUGUUUGUGCUGAAUUACCAGAUCCUGAUACCAACCCUGAAUUAUAUGCACUUGUUACAAAACAUAUGAUUCAUGGUCCUUGUGGUGUGUUAAAUCCAACAAGUAUGUGUACUAGAAAGAAAGGAUACUGCAAGUUUAAAUAUCCAAGAGAGUUUGCUGAACAAACAAGCAAGGGAAAAAAUUCAUAUCCAAUUUAUAGAAGACGAAACACCAGAAAAAGUGUAAAAAUUAGAGUACAUCUAAUUGAUAAUUCAUGGGUUGUUCCUUAUAAUCCAUCUUUACUUUGUAAAUUUAGCUGUCAUAUAAAUGUAGAGAUUUGUUCUGAUAUAAAAGUUAUUAAAUACAUUUAUAAGUAUAUUUGCAAAGGACCUGAUAAAACCCCCUGA